AUGUCAAGGAAGCACCUCCUAAAGCACCAAUUCAGUCUUCAGCUCAUGGAAGAACAAUUAAACAAGCCCCACCUAAAGUCCAUUGAGGCAUGGUUCUCUCAGAUGGAAGAUACAUUCAAUGAAGAAGCUAUUCUUAUCAGUGAUGGUGAGAAUGAUGUGAGCAAAGGUACCAUCACAGAUGGUGAUGAAGAGAGUGCCAAAGAUGAACUCAGUAAGAGGUCAAGUGUGAGCUCUAAGUACCAGCUAAUGUUAGCAACUGCAGAACAGUUGAUGAAGGAAUGGAACUCACCCAUCUAUGCUUUUUUUGAUCCCACACCCAUCAUCGAGACUGUCAAUGGCCAUUGUGCGCAUGCCUUUAAGUGUAUGGGCAAGGGAUGCAAGGUUUGGAUCCGCUGCUUUCUUGAUAAAAAGGAUGCAUGCUUGAUGGGCAACAUGCAGAAGCAUGUUAGGACUUGCUGGGGUGAUGAAGUCCUGCAGACAGCCUAUGAAGCAAAGAAUGCAGAAGAAGUCCAAACAAAGAUUGUUGCAAGUAUCCUUCACAAUGGGUCAAUAACAGCAUCAUUUGAGUGCAAAGGAAAAGGAAAGGUGACCUACUCGCAUAGGCAGCACACUCAUACCGAAAUGAAGUGGGUACUCAAGUUUCAUGUGUUCAGUAGUUAA